CUCUAUCUCUUCCCAGAACUCCACAACCACAACAAGCAGAGUGCUAGUGGGAAAUCGAUGUAGUGAAUUAACUUACUUCAUUGACUCCAUAACUUUCAAGAGACCAGGCGAAACUAUAUGCGAUUAACAUGAUACAUAUAACGACACAUCACUACUACCAAAAUGAGAAGCAGUUAGUGAUUCAACAAUCCUACGUACACGCGUCAUUCCUAGCAAUACAUAAGAUCCGAUCAAUCAAUAUGUGACAAAUGUGUGUCACAUUCAACUGAUUUAGCUAGGGUUUCUAUUCUUGUUAACCCUUGCACAUGGAUAACCAUUAACAAUGGUGCCCGAUGAACCAAAAAUCUUUCACUGGAGAGCAUAAAGCUUCAUUCUAGGUUUAAAGGGGGAAGAAGGCCAUUCAUAGAAAAAGCAGUGAAAUUUGGGCAAAAGACAUAGAUUUGUGGGUAUCAUGUUGAUUAACUGUCAUGCAUGUCUCCCUUUUAAUUUCGUCCCCUGCUUUACAGCAUGAAUGAAUUUGUCAAUUACAUUGGCUCAGAUUUGGGAACAAAUACAGCUACGCAGGGCAAAAGUCAUAACACGGGAAUAAUGCCUUCAAUGGAUUAUCAUCAUUACCGUCAAUAAUCCGCUAAGCUAAGCAGCACUUCUGGAUUAAGAGACGGGACGACGCACAUAGCUAUAAUGACACAUAUCGAGAAUCAGUUUGUUCCGAUAACUCGAGUUGUCGGAAUAUAUGUUGGAAAAUUCAGAAAUCUAGUUGGAAGCCGACUAGGUUUUUUUUAGCUACAGCUUAGGCUUGAAAGGAAGCAGAACGAAGAUAAUGACGUUUUUUGGGGACCGACGAUUGAUAUUUUCCAUUCCCAGUGCGUACGUUCUUCUUUAAUUAUACACAAAAUACAAAAUCAAUGCUCGAGUCUGGAUUUUUUUUCUACUUUUGCGUAAUUUUGCAUACACUCUUUCAAACGAAGGGAAAAAAACUAAACAACAGAUUUAAAGCUUGUACAAUUGUCUAAUUGUGCAUGGUAAUAAAAUAAUCAACGACUAAAAUUUGUAGGUCGUACUCCAAGAACCAAACACACGAUCUAUCCAGAGAUUUCGAUACCAUAUCAAGAAUUAGUCCCUCUCAUCAACUCGAAUAGUCUUGAGAGCAUGCAUGUAUAGUUAGGAUUUACACGUGGUAUGAAAAGAUUUUUUUUUUAUGGCGCACAAUUACCCUUACUAUACGUAUGAAUAUUCACAUACUAAUUAAUCAUCGAUUAUCAUCGUCAAUAUUUGUUGAAUUUGAAUAUACUUGCCCCAAAAAUAGUUCAUUCACAACACAGAUUAAGACUUCCCCAAAAUAGCUGGACGGUUUGAGCGCCACAUACGUGGUCGGAACUCGGAAGUCAACCCUACCCAACCGUCUCUCUUGUUUUGGUCACUAAUAAAAAAAAAACCCAGAAAUAUGAUGUUGACCUCGGACACCAGCCGCAAUAUAUAUAUAACAAAUUAAUCAAUUAUUAAAAUAGUCGCAGCAUGAUUACUGUUUGUCAAACAAUCAGCGCUUAAUUACGCUUAACCCUCCUGGAACCGACCACUUUUAAUAAUCCCAAAUAUUCAGAUUAGCGACUAAACCGAAUGUUUGAAAAUCUAAAUCACCCCCCCGCCCCGGUCAAACACUCGCCAAACAUGCCUUUAUAUUUUUUUUUUGCCCUCCUCCUUCCCUCGUCACUUUUCCCUUCUAUAUAGUCCUUCCGCCAUUUCCAUAUGCUCCUCCCACCAUUUUCCUCUUCUCCUCUCUUCUCUUCUAAUGGCGUCGAAGGUCUUAAUGCCAAUCCCAAGCCACGUCCCCGACGUGGCCAAUCCGUAUCGUCCGACGUCGUUUCGUUCCCUGCAGCCAUCCGGUCAAGUGAUGAAGAGCUUGACCAAGAAAGUAGCAACAACUUCUCCUCCUUCUAGUGACACGGUUCGUUCCACUACUCCUGCCGUUGUUCGGCCAUCGACGGCGGCGGCGUCCACGAGUGGUGAAAUGAAGGGGACGUUGGCGGAAGUGUGGAGGAAGGUGCAAGGUUGUGGCGAUUGGGAAGGUCUCGUGUCGCCGUCGUUGCACCCGCUGUUGAGGCAGGAGAUCGUGAGGUAUGGAGAGCUCGUGUCCGCGUGCUACAAGGCGUUCGAGUUCGACCCGAGCUCGAGCCGUUACUUGAGUUGCAAGUAUGGGAAGGGGAGCAUGUUCGAGGAGGUGGGGAUGGGUGGUUCGGGGUACGAUGUCACGAGGUACGUCUAUGUGACCGCUCCCGAUAUCAUGACCAGCAUCCGACCCGGUGGGAUCGGGUCGGAUGUUGGGUCUGGGUCGAGUGGCGGUUGUCGGGGUCGGUGGGUUGGGUACGUGGCGGUGGCCACGGAUGACAUGAGCAGGAGGCUGGGGAGGAGGGACAUCCUCGUCACGUUUCGAGGAACCGUGACGAGUCAGGAGUGGGUGGCGAAUUUCAUGAGCUCCCUGACUCCUGCCAGGCUGGACCCUGGGGAUCCCAGGCCGGACGUUCAGGUGGAGUCAGGGUUUCUGGGGCUCUACACCUCGAACGAGUGCAGUGGCAGCAGGUUCGGCCUCGAGAGCUGCAGAGAGCAACUUCUCUGCGAGAUCUCGAGGUUGCUGAGGAAGUAUGAAGGGGAGGAGCUCAGCAUUUCGAUAGCUGGGCACAGCAUGGGGAGCUCCCUCGCUCACUUGCUCGCAUACGACAUCUCCGAGCUCGGGUUGAACGUGAUGAAUAACAUCAACCCGAGCAGGAGGACGACGACGGGUCACGACCACCAUCGUGCAACGUCUUCCACGGUCCCAGUGACCGUUUUUUCGUAUGGCGGGCCACGAGUGGGGAACCUCGGGUUCAAGAAGAGGUGCGAGGAGCUGGGAGUGAAAGUGUUGAGGGUCGUGAACGUCCACGACCCUGUCACGAAGCUCCCUGGUGUCUUUCUCAACGAGAAUUUUAGGGUUUUGGGGAACUACGAGUUCCCUUGGAGUUGUUCGUGCUACUCGCACGUUGGGGUCGAGGUGCUACUCGAUUUCUUGGACGUCAAGAACCCUUCUUGUGUUCAUGAUUUGGAUGCCUACAUUAGCCUAGUAAGGUGUCCGAGGGAGGAGGGCAUCAUCCAUGAAGAUGGAGUAGUAGGGAACAUUUUCGAGAGAGUAAUGAGUAAUGUUGUAGGGAAUUUUGAGCUCUGCCGGUUGAGGAGAGCGGCUAGUGGUGUGGUAGACCAAUUUUUGGUUCAGUCUCAAGGAGCUGAAUUUUUAAUGGAUAAUAACUUCUUAGGAUGGAUGAAUUGCUUGGCUUUGUAUAUGCUCAUGUAAGGUAUAUAAUAUAAAAAUCAAUUAGUUAAUUAUCUAGCUAGAACAUUACCCACACAAAUUACCCAAUGUUUGAUUUGGAAAUAAUAAGAAGAAAAAAAUCUCGAUCAAGAAAUGAUGCAUUUUUGUUCUAAUUAGUAAUAACCCUGUUGGAAGCUCAACUGAUUGUAGAAAAUGGAAGGAAGCCGGAUCGAACCAGCACAAAUUUCAUUGAUAGAAUGAAAAAGUUACAUCAUCUAGUUCAUUUGGUGCUUUAUUAGGAGGUAUAGGUUUGAUAUACUUUUUUUUUUUUUACCAACAUUACAAAUAUGACCCUAAACUAUUCUCUCCUCACAUCUAAUUGCAUGCAUGUUCUGUCAAAAGUCGAGUACAGAUAACAACUACUCAUUGAUGUGCGCGAUUGUUACGAAAACAUAGUUUGAGAAUGUAUACCAACAUAUAAUUUUACGAUCGAAAAUCAAACAAAAGAAAAAAAAACUUUCAAACAGGAGAGGCAAUUCCUUUGACCGUACGUGUCUCUCCACUUCUGACAAACAAAAACCAGAGACCAUUUCUCACCGACAGUAGUUAUUUGUUUCCUUUAUGUUUGGUGAACAACCAUGAAUGUAAAAAAAAAAAAAAAAAAGUGAUUUAAGAAUUUAAUUACUAUAUAAUUAAAUACGAGGUUUUGUCUGUAUAUAGAAUACAAGGUACAUAAACGUACAGCAAGGAAUAUUAGAAAUGACGGCCCAUCUUUGUGGCUGUGAAGUCCCCUUUAAUUUGCUCUCUCACACACUUGAGUCUCAUGCUGUCGUAAUUAAUUUAACAACUUUGUUGUACGUUCUCACUUCUGUGCAGAAGAAAAAUGCAAGAAAGAAACCAACAACACGGUUGCAUUGUGACCUACAGAACAGAUCAGAAUGCAUAUAAAGUCAUUUAAGGCAAGACAUUAUGAAAUUAUGACUUUGACAUGCAAAUUAAUGCCGCCAUGGGAAAAGGCCAACAAAUCGAACCCUUUUUUUUUUCUUCCAUGUUAGGUUCAGUCUUCUUGCUCCCACAAAAGUGGGGACUUUGGCCUUUCUGGGAGUGUCCUUUGCCUCUUCGGGAGAGAGCAUUCUAGCUAGCUAGGCCGGUUUUGAUUGUACAAGUUUGUUCGAUCUGGCUGUUAGAUGUGAAAUGUGAGCUGGAUUAUAUGAACACGAAUUAAGCGAAUUGAAUCCCAUAGUUUCUUGAUGUGUUGGGCUUUGCUUUCUUGCCCUAACAGCCGGCUCAAAGGGGUGAAAGCUUGAGAAAAGCGGGUAUCUAGAUACUCAUAUCUGUCAUGCACUGAGUAGUGCAGGAUCAGGUUGGGUGAAGUUGUGUGUGUACGGGACGAAAUAAGUUGAUCCAUUCUAACAUGUUAUUUGAAAUGAAAAGGAAUGAAAUACGUUAAACUGAUCACCUACGAGAAACAUAGAGAUAAUUAUUGAUUGAAUCAAUGUAAUUAGUUGAAAUUUCGAGUCUUGCGCUUACUGAAAGUUUCAUUGAAGUGAAAAUACGAUUUAAUAUAAGUUAAAAGAUGAUAGAUACAAGUAGAUAUAUUGAGGCAAAUUGAAAUAAAAACGGAUCGAGAAAGAGGUGGGACAGGAUUGGGCAGGACGGAAGUAGUAACCAAUGCCGCCCCGUCGCAUUACUGCUAGGAAUCGGAUAAUACCGGCCUGCUCCAAAAUCAGUCACGACAGGUCGAAUCACGCGGAUCAGAUAAGAAUUUUCCAUCAUUGCUUGUCCACUUCAAACACCUAAUAUCAUAUGCAACAACCUAGCAACCUUCCAUGAAGGAAUUAGUACCAAUCGACCAACUAUUAAUUAGUACUCGAUCUCUGUAUUCAUCACCUGCCAAUCUCUCAACCAACAAAGAAUACAUACAUGAAGAUCGUUAUAACGGCAUGACAUGCUUCAUAUUAUUAUUCACCAUAUUAUGUGAUGUAUUGAUGUGUUGAUAGUGAUGAUGAUGAUGAUAUGUGACGAAAGAAAGGUAUACAAUCGAAACCAAAUGUGAACUCUUUUUCACAUACUAAAAGUUGUCCUUGGACAUAUAUCACACGCAGUACUACAGAAUAAAAGUGCUUGAAACCAAGACCAGAAAGUUGUACUAAACUAAACCAUGGCUUAUUUGUUUAGGCUAUAAAAAGAGCAUCAUUCUCAGCUUUUUGUUGGCCCUCUGUAAUGUGAAGGGGACACGUUUCAGUAUUAAAAUUUUGUCUUUCGUAUUGGAACCACUUUCUUCUGUCGCCGUUUGAUGAAAACCAUCACCCGUGCGAUUCAUUAACUGAAAUAUGUUUUUUUACAAUACUUGUCUCCCAUCAAAAGACACACACUCCUCGAUCGGGCCACAGUCUCAAAAGUAUCGUGCAUACGCCAGUAAUUUGAAUUAGAAUGUGCAGAUGUUAUGAUCUGGAACGUUAUAGAUAGAGGAGGAAUGAUCCGUGUCUGAACCUAAAGAUGUCACGUAUGCAGCUCUCCUGAUGAUGAUCAAGCAAGGAAAGUUUGCUAUACAUAAAGCUACCCAGAAUUAGUGUCCAUUAUUUAGGUUUUGUUUGACUGUUUGACCUUGAUUAGGUUCCUUCCGAAAGACAAUGCACGUAAAUAACGUCAAUAUAUAAUCUUGUAAUUUUCUCAAUUUCUACGAUUCAAAACAUUAUAGGUGAAUGAUGGACUGAUGUGUGAACCUAAAGAUUUCACGUGUGCUCCUGAUGAUGAUCAAGAUCGUUAUAGGUGGAGGAUGAAUGACGUGUGAACCUAAAGAUGUCACGUGAGCUUCUGAUGAUGAUCAAGCAAGGAAGUCUGCUACAUAGUUACUUAACAUUAGCAUAAGGUUUCAUUAUUUGAACUCGUUUAGGUUUUCAGUACUGUGCGUAUAUAAUGCAAUAGAUAAUUUUGUUCAUUUCUCAAUAUCUCGAAUUAUUGGAAUGAGUUAACUAGGGGAUUUAUUAGUUUGGUCAGCUGGUGAUUAUUAUAACUUGUGACCUAAUCCGGUCCACACUUAAACACCUUUUGUUUCCUAGUAUUAAGCACUAUUGAACUAGUGGCUGCACUACUAUUAUGUCCACUAAUUCACGUGAUUAAACGACGUUGUUAUAUAUACAUGUCUAACGCCAGGUGGCAGACGGAUUAUGAUUAAACCCAAACAUUAAUCAGUUAGUAGUUAACUAUUGUUAAUUAAUCCAUAAAUUAAUCGCAGUGAUUUGCUUUUAUUCGCCAUCAUUCUGAUUGUGACUGGAUUGAUUCGGUUUUGAUAUUAUUUUCCCAUUGAUCCACAACACAUGAAAUAUUACCCAUAUAAUUUGAAGACAAACACGGAAUUAAGGGUUUGACGAAACGAAUUAAAACGAGCGAGUUUCAAACAUUUUCCCCGGCCGUUGAAACGAGUUUCCAACAUUCUGAAUUGCAUAGGUAAGUUGUUGACUAAUGAUUUUUACACAUGAUCAAGGGAUUCAACUCAACUCGGCUAUUAUUCUCGCAACCCAUACGUUAGAACGUGCCCAUAAAUGUGGACAUUAUUGGAUCGCAUGCGGGCUUCAUCUAUUAUGAGUUAUGAUAUAGUAGUAUCAUAGUUCAAUAUUGGUUUAACUCAUUGUCUUAAUAGAGAUAUUUCACUAGGAGAAUCUCGACUAUCGUUAUAGCCCAGUAGUACAAUAGUCUUCAUAUAUACGGUAAUGACUUAUGUGCUUCCGGAGUAUAUCAUACUCCAGAUGUAUUUCGUUCUGCUUUAGCGAAACAGAAUUGUCGAUUAUUAUCUUUUUAUUAAAUUGAAUCUUCCUGUCUGAUUCCAGAGAAUCGUGUUUAGUGUUUAUUUACUGAGGUUAAAGUAUAAUAUGAUACUGAAAACUCGAUUUAGUUCAUAAUCUAGUCAUCUAGAUGGAGCUUUCUUACUAAAAUUACUAAACAUAUCGUAUGCUCCUAAAAUACCCUAACGAUGUGAUCAAUAUUACCUAGUUAGCGAUGUAGAUUGAUUUGUGAACACUAGCUUGUGGCUUGUUGCCAAACUCCACCUAUAUAUGUUUGGAUUUAAUCAAGUAGCAUUAAUUGCCCAAAAGCCCAAUUCCAAGGCAACAGAACCUUUCCACUCAAGCAAUUAAAUAACUUGUUAGCUACACCAAAGCAUGCACAUGCUAUACACCCUAUUAUAAUUAACCUAUACCUAGCUUGAAAUCAACAACAUAAUCAAUGAUUAAUCACCUAAUUAUCUUCUUAAUCUAACAAAAGUAAUGUCGAGUGAUGUAGGCUAGAUAGGGCAAGAAACACAUGCCCCAUUGAUCUCUACAUGCAAGUCUUCCAUUAUAGCACUUAGCAAUGGAUUUUCUUUGAGGGACUUUAAUUUCUCAUUGCUUUGAUUAAUGAUCAUAUUAUUAUAAUCGAGUUGGAUCACAAUCUCAGCAGCUAAUUGUGACUUGAUGAUGCCAAGCCAUCAUGCACUUUUCACCAACAUGAUCCAUCAUUCGUGUGUGUUGUUGGCAUCCAAAGCUAUAGCUCUUUAAACUGGCCUAGCCAAAGCCAGCUAUUUAAUCUAGAAAGUCUAAAGAACCAUUUUUAAUGGUAAAUUCUCUUAGUUGGAAGCAUAGAAUCUAGGUUUGAAAUUUUCCUUUGCCAUCUCUCUAUGAGAACUUAUUUUUUAAAUGUACAUUUAGUUCUUGACUUCGUCAAUAACUCUCUAACGACUAGUUAAUUGAACCCAACUAGCUGAAUCAAUCAACACUUAACACAAUGACGAAGUUAGAAUUUAGAUUGACAGAUGGUAAAAAGAAAAAGAAAAAAAGUACAGUAACCUCGUGGAAUUGAACAGAGAACCUCGAUGAAGGGACAGGGUUAAUAGCCUAAAAAUCAUGUCUUGUCAGCAGUGGCGUAGCCAGAAUUUCAUUCAAGGAUGUGCAUGAAAAUAAUUUGUGAACAAUAACUCAUGAUGCGAUCGCUUGUUUGAUAUAAUAAAAUUAUUUUAAAACUACAUAAUUGUUUUGCUCUUAAUAUUAUCCCACCAAAUAAUCAUUCACAAAAUUUUCAAUUAAGUCGAAGGCUGGUCAAUCGUUUCAUUGCAGAAAACUUUAUAUCGAUAUGUAUUUUUUGUUGUUGAUAAUAUCAACAUCUAUAUUGACAAAAGGUAGUAGCAAACUAAACCAAGUUUCACAAGCAAAUAUAUUGAUGAGAACCAAUUUUCUCUUCCGACUAUCGUUAUCAUGAAAGGUUCAAUGAUUUCCUCUAAUAAUUUGCAUCCUCUUAUUCAUUUUAAUAAACUAGACUAUAUUAA